UGUACACUCAAAACGACUACCUCGUACCGUCCUGUUAUUGUUCGGUUUGAAGAGUUAGAGGGGGUAGGUUCUUUGUUUUUAUUUUGGGGGGGUGGUAUAUAUUCAAAGCAGGCUUAUUCAACUCAAAUACACUCCCACGCGCGGCUGGACCGGGGUUUAUUGUAACAUUAGCAUCAUUUUAUCGACAUAGAGGCAAGCUAGCUAACAAGUUAGGUGUAAUAGUAACGUUAGCUGAUGGAUGAGCGGGUAUCGGACUUAUUUGGCUCAGGAAAUGGACACGGCUCUGGCUCCCAAGCGUCCAACUUCAAACCGGGAAAUGGCUAUGGGGUAGCCCCAAAAAAGCCCAAGAACAGCAAGAAAUCCAAGGCUCGGUUCUCUCGCAACUUCAAACCAAGCAAUAACACCCCGUUUCUACCUCCGGAGGCUGAAGAGGGAAAUAUAGAGUACAAGUUGAAGUUGGUGAACCCCACACAGUACCGUUUUGAGCACCUUGCAACACAAAUGAAAUGGAGACUGCAGGAGGGUCGAGGCGAGGCUGUCUAUCAGAUAGGUGUCGAGGACAAUGGCAUGCUUGUGGGCCUAUCAGAGGAUGAUAUGAGGGCAUCACUGAAGACGCUCCAUAAACUGGCAGAGAAAGUUGGAGCUGAUAUCACUGUCCUGAGACAGCGAGAGGUAGACUAUGAUGCUGAUGAACCUCGAAAGAUUGCUGAGGUUCUCAUUCGCAAGGUGCCAGACGAUCAGCAGUUUUUGGACCUACGAGUGGCAGUGCUGGGUAAUGUGGAUUCUGGCAAGUCCACCCUGUUAGGUGUGUUGACACAAGGUGAGCUUGACAAUGGCCGGGGCAGAGCAAGGCUCAACCUCUUCAGGCAUCUUCAUGAGAUUCAGACAGGACGCACAUCAAGCAUCAGCUUUGAAAUCCUUGGCUUCAAUAGUAAAGGAGAGGUUGUGAAUUACAGCGAAUCUCGAACAGCAGAGGAGAUCUGCGAGAGUGCCUCUAAAAUGAUCACAUUCAUCGACCUGGCAGGCCACCACAAGUACCUGAAGACCACCAUCUUUGGCCUCACCAGUUACUGCCCAGAUUUCGCUAUGCUGGUUGUCAGCGCAAAUACUGGCAUUGCUGGUACAACAAGAGAGCAUCUUGGACUCGCCAUGGCACUGAAGGUGCCCAUCUUCAUUGUCAUCAGUAAGGUGGACCUCUGCACGCGGGCUACUGUUGAGCGUACAGUGCGGCAGUUGGAGCGUGUCCUAAAGCAGCCGGGGUGCAACAAGGUGCCCAUGGUUGUGAGCAGCACAGAUGAUGCAGUCACUGCAGCACAGCAGUUUGCCCAGUCACCCAACAUUACACCAAUCUUCACCGUGUCCAGUGUGUCUGGAGAAAGUCUAGACUUGCUAAAGGUUUUCUUCAACAUCAUCCCUCCUCUCAGCAACAGCAAGGAGCAGGAGGAGCUCAUGCAGCAGCUUACGGAGUUUCAGGUGGAUGAGAUCUACACAGUGCCAGAGGUGGGGACAGUAGUGGGAGGUACACUAUACAGUGGUAUUUGCCGUGAGGGAGAUCAUCUCAUAGUAGGGCCAACAGACUCAGGACACUUCCACAAGUUGACUGUCGGUAGCAUCCAAAGAAACCGCUCAGGAUGCAGGGUACUCAGAGCUGGCCAGGCUGCCACCCUCGCACUGGGCAACUUUGACCGGUCACUACUACGCAAGGGUAUGGUGAUGGUGAGCCCAGAGAUGGAUCCGACCAUCUGCUGGAUGUUCGAGGCUGAGAUUGUGCUGCUUUUUCAUGCAAAGACCUUCCACAAGGGCUUCCAGGUUACUGUGCACAUAGGUAAUGUGAGACAGACUGCCACUGUGGAGGCUGUUUAUGGCAAGGAGGAGCUGAGAACAGGCGAGAAAGCAGUGGUUCUCUUCAAGUUCAUCAAACACCCAGAAUACCUAAAGGUGGGGGCUAAGGUGCUCUUCAGAGAGGGCGUCACAAAAGGCAUCGGUCACGUCACUAAGCUGCAGCCCAUCGCACAGUACCUACCAUCCCAAAGUGAGGACGAUGAAGCCUAAAUCUUCUCAAAGAACCACAACAGAAAAACACCGUCCCACCAAAAAACAGGGUGCUUAAUUAAACAACCUCUUGCUUUCUCCAAAGAGCACCCUCUCCCUUGCACCAUAAUUCCCUUUAAGAGGAUUUUGUUUUACCACCCUUUUCCAAACCCCUGUUGCCACCAAAGUCCUCUUCUGCUUUUCAAAAACUGCUCUUACUUCAGUCUGUUUUCUGCCUUUGAGUUGUAAGUGUUGCUUUAAAUGGCACUGACAAGAGUAAACCCCUCAGCCACUACUCAUCACAUUCACAAAGCAACACCUACCAAAGUGAUACAUUGACCGUUUGGAACACUUAGAUGCAAUGCACACAUUAAUGAGUGGCAAGUAUAAAACUGCUCUCUCACACCAAUGUUUAAGUGCUGCUUAACUCAGUUUACACCUAAAUGCACUCCUACCAUACAUUUUAAAAUAGAUGCACAUACAGACCUGCACUGAAACAUUAUUGCCAGGGUUGAUAAACCUUUGGCCAAUGAAUCGUUUACAACUAUGGCAGGGUGUAACCUGUAUCACAAAUGACACAGCAGCUUGUUACCAACAUAGUGCCUGGAUAAUAAAAACAAGCCUCCCAGAUUAAAUCUGUCUUGAAAACAGCUAAUGAAUUGUGAGGUUGGUUUCACACAUGCUCUCCAGAAAAUUUCAAUACAGUUUGCUGCUGAAAUCUUCUCAAGUUGACAGGUUUUCCCUUUUAAUUCAGUACGACUUGUAAUUGAAAAUAUUCACGAUGAAGGCUUACUGGCAAGCAAGAAAGAGUAUGAAGCAUGCAUAAAUGUUGCACCAGGCAUGUUAUAUCUCAAAGCUGGUGCAAUAUUCAACUUAAUUUUCACUCGUGCUCUCUUGCAGUGAAUCAUCAGCUGUCUGAUUUCACAUGGAAAUUUUUACCAGUUCUGGCAGGAGUGAAAAGGUGAAAAUUCAAAUGUUUGUGUUGAAAUUUUCAGGAGUUAUUUGCACAUGUGAAAACACCAUGAAAAAAAGUGAAAGUCACCAGAUACUAGUGUGGAUCUCACACAUUUUGUUAGUUGUCUACAGGCUAGACCAUCAAGCUGAACUGCAGAUAAAGGCACUUUAUUAUAAAGGUAAAGGACAGCAUUGUAGGGAAUGCAAACGGGAGACCCUACCUGCCAAGAAGACUCACAUUAGCAAUCACCUUUUAACUAGUUUUAUGUCACGUAUGUCUGCAAGAACUGUUUUAUUGUCACACAUGAUGCCUCACAAUCGAUAGUGCGGUGAGAUUGCUGCCUAUCUUUCAAGUGCUUUAGUUACUCAGGUCAGUGUAGAUAUGGUGUUAGACAGCAUUCCACUCUCACAGAACUCCUCCUGUGGAGGUUUCUAUUGCUGAAUAGGCAGAGGGAUUGAGGAAGAAAAGCAAGGGUGGUUCUCCCAAAGAGAUGUUUGAACUUGGAUUAUCUACUAUGUAAUGCUGCCUACAUACGUAGCUGUUUAAAAGCAAUUGUGUUGGAGGUACUUGAUGUCGUCUCCUCACUUGUGUUACUGAUUUCACUAACUUGGAUGGGGUUUAACACAGUGCCUAAUGGAGCUACUGUUUUUGUAGCCUUCCAUUACACCCCAGAGUUUUAAGACUUAAGUUGGUGCUACUCUUUAAUACGUUUUAAUAUAUAUAUAUAUAUGACGACUUUGGAAAUGAAUGUUAGAUGCUAUCUGUUCACGGCUGCUGUUAGCCUCAUCGUCUGUCUUAUUAGAGCAUGUUUGUGUGGAUUAUACAUAAGCUAAUGUCCCACUCAUAUCACUGAUACAACUGAAGUGUGUGCCGUUUCGUUACACCCAUGUUGUUCAGAGUUGGGUGCACACAAUCAAGGAAAGGAGAACUAAGACUGCAUUUCAACCAAAAUAUUUUCUAGCCUUUAAGAAGUGUUUCAUCAGGUGUUUGUUUUAACACACCUGAGAAUAUAAUAUAGAUUUCUAGUUCAAGAUUUUACUGUUCAUUUUAACACGUUUUUUGCUCGGUCUCCUUUAAGACACUUUUUCACUGUUUUAAAUUCACGUUUCAGACCUGUUUUUCUUUUAAUUUAAAGUGUAAUAUGUUGUUUAUUUGGGUGAAAUGCAAUAUUUAUGUACAGAUCCA